AAACUAAACGCUGAUUGGAUAGGAACGGAUUUUCGCCCAAUCCAGACUGCUCUUAUUUUAUACAGUCGCAGACAACCCAAGCAUCAUGACGGAGAGAUAUAGCUUUUCGUUGACCACUUUCAGCCCCUCUGGAAAGCUUGUACAGAUUGAGUAUGCCUUGGCUGCAGUAGGAGCAGGUGCCCCCUCUGUUGGCAUCAAAGCAACAAAUGGGGUUGUCCUGGCAACAGAGAAGAAACAAAAAUCUGUGCUUUAUGAUGAACACAGCAUCAACAAGGUUGAAUCCAUCACCAAGAAUAUUGGCAUGGUUUACAGUGGAAUGGGACCAGACUACAGAGUACUUGUACGAAGAGCGCGGAAGUUGGCCCAGCAGUACUACCUGACCUACCAGGAGCAGAUCCCCACUGCCCAGCUAGUGCAGAGAGUAGCCACUGUCAUGCAGGAGUUCACACAGUCAGGUGGUGUGCGUCCAUUUGGAGUUUCUCUGCUUAUUGCUGGCUGGGAUGAAAACGAGGAGAAACCUUACCUCUACCAGUGUGACCCCUCCGGAGCUUACUUUGCAUGGAAGGCCACAGCUAUGGGCAAGAAUCAGAUCAAUGGAAAAACAUUCCUUGAGAAGAGAUACAGUGAAAGCCUGGAGUUGGAGGAUGCUGUCCACACCUCCAUCCUGACACUGAAGGAGAGCUUUGAAGGACAGAUGACGGAGGACAAUAUAGAGAUAGGGAUCUGUAACAAGGAUGGGUUCCAUCGUCUGUCACCAUCGGAGAUCAAGGACUACCUAGCCUCUGUCUCCUAACUUGCAAUGUAUAUUAUGCCAUGUUCUCAUUUGUAAUGUGAUAGACACGAAACACUGUUGCUAUCAUUGUCACUCAGCAUCUGUGUAAUAAAUUUAUGGAAAAUCCA